ACAUUAGCGAACCGACAGGGUUGCGUGAAGUCAUUCUACUAUCUAUGUACUUUACAGCGUUCUAAAUUGGAAUGUCGUCCUCUUUUUUGUGGUUUUCAGACGGAGAUCGCCAAGCGGCUCAACGCGAUUCUAGCUCAAAUUAUGCCUUUCCUGUCACAAGAGCACCAACAGCAGGUAGCCCAGGCAGUAGACCGAGCUAAACAGGUUACCAUGACUGAGCUCAAUGCCAUCAUCGGGCAGCAACAGCUCCAGGCUCAGCACCUGUCCCAUGCAGCCCACGGCGGUCCUCCCCUUCUGGCCGCGGGCCUCCAGCCUCCUGGAAUAAUCCCAGGGUCUGGGCUGCUGGCCCUGGGAGCUCUGGGGAGUCAGGCUAACCUCCCCGUUAAAGAUGAGAAGAACCACCAUGACGUGGAGCACAGAGGUGAUGAAAGGACUCUGCUAAAUAACGUCUCCCCGACCGACAGCUUGAGGACAGCCAGUGAGAAACACAGCUCCUCCGACUACAGUCUGGACUCUAAGAAACGCAAAGUGGACGAGAAGGACAGUAUGAGCAGAUACGAAACAGGUACAAAAAGUGAUUGUUUGUCUGUUUCACUUCAGGACCCCGCUACCCCUCGGGCUAGCCCCGCCCACUCGCCCGAGGGGAACAGCAUCGGUAAGCCCCGCCCCCAGAAGGACACGCCCACCAGCCCCGCCUCUGUAGCGUCGUCCAGCAGCACGCCUUCCUCCAAGAACAAGGAAAACCAUAAUGACAAGUCAUCAAUGCCAGGCCUGAAGUCGACCACUCCCACCCCUCGUAGCGACGCCCCCACCCCUGGCACCUCCACCACUCCUGGGCUGCGGCCCAUCCUGGGCAAACCCCCUGGCUUGGACGCUCUGGCGGCCCCAGCCCUGAGGACUCCCCUGUACCCUCCCUUCGUUAUGAUGGGUCACCACCAUGAGAUGAACGGAGGUCUGACCAGCCCUGGUGUCUACGCCGGGCUACACAUCUCUCCUCAGAUGAGCGUUGCCGCCGCCGCGUACGGACGAUCACCCAUGGGUUUUGAUCCUCAUCCCCACAUGAGACCAGGUCUUCCAGCCAGUCACACCUCCAUAUCUGGAGGGAAACCAGCCUACUCCUUCCACGUGAGUGCGGACGGCCAGAUGCAGCCGGUGCCGUUCCCUCCGGACGCCCUGAUAGGCCCGGGGAUCCCCCGGCACGCCCGUCAGAUCAACACGCUGAGCCACGGCGAGGUGGUAUGUGCCGUCACCAUCUCCAAUCCAACCAGACACGUCUACACGGGAGGGAAGGGCUGUGUCAAGAUCUGGGACAUCAGCCAGCCGGGCAGCAAGAGUCCUGUGUCACAACUAGACUGUCUGAACAGGGAUAACUACAUCCGUUCCUGUAAGCUGCUCCCCGACGGUCGUACCCUCAUCGUAGGAGGAGAGGCCAGUACUUUAACCAUCUGGGAUCUGGCCUCCCAGACGCCUCGUAUCAAGGCUGAGCUGACGUCUUCCGCCCCGGCCUGCUACGCCCUCGCCAUCUCCCCAGACGCCAAGGUCUGUUUCUCCUGUUGCAGCGAUGGGAACAUCGCCGUCUGGGACCUGCACAACCAGACUCUCGUCAGGCAGUUCCAGGGCCAUACGGACGGGGCCAGCUGUAUAGAUAUCUCUCACGAUGGGACCAAGCUGUGGACAGGAGGUCUGGACAAUACGGUACGUUCCUGGGACCUGAGAGAGGGACGGCAACUACAGCAGCACGACUUCACCUCACAGAUCUUCUCUCUGGGAUACUGUCCGACAGGGGAGUGGUUAGCUGUAGGGAUGGAGAGCAGUAACGUAGAGGUGCUCCACCACACCAAGCCUGAGAAAUACCAGCUACAUCUCCAUGACAGCUGUGUCCUCUCCCUCAAGUUCGCUAACUGCGGUAAAUGGUUUGUGUCUACAGGGAAGGACAAUCUGCUGAACGCCUGGAGGACUCCAUAUGGUGCCAGUAUAUUCCAGUCGAAGGAGUCUUCGUCGGUCCUGAGCUGUGACAUCUCUGCAGACGACAAGUACAUCGUCACAGGCUCCGGGGACAAGAAGGCUACUGUCUACGAGGUCAUCUACUAGAGACAGACACGCAGACGAUGGGAUUAUG